CUUCUGUACUGCCUACCUACGAGUCCGUCAACCUUUGAGACAAGGCCCCAUCGCAGUUUGAACAUUGCCCUUCGCACCCUCUGCUAGUGUAUUUACUGCUUCCUUUCUAUUUAUCCUGCCUGUACAGGCGGCUAUGCGAGCCCCAUCAACCUCCACGAUCACCACUUCAUUUGGUCGAUUGGUAGAACACUACGCUGCCAGCAUACCAUGGAUGCACAUUCGCAAGCUCCGCCUCUAGCGGGCGACGGUGAUGCUCCAAAUCAGUCACUGCGGGUGAAAAUCAACCAAAUGACCGAGGGGCCUGUUAGCCUAGAUCCUAAAAGUGCUUUCGUCAACGACGUCUGGCCUAAAUUGCUAAAUGAGUACGACGCUAUGAGGGAGAGACUGGAGGAAUUUUGCAAAGGUGCUCUCGAGCGCAGAGCUAUUGACUGCCAAGUCAAAAGCAGAACCAAGCAGGUCGAUUCAAUCAGAAAGUCACUCGAUCGGCGCGAGAAAGCGCUCUUGGAUCGCAGCCAAAAGCAAUUCGAGAGUUUCUCUGACAUAUUCAGUAACAUUCAUGAUCUUGUCGGACUCAGGAUUAUCCUCGAAUUUGCUGACGAUAUGGAGAGAGCCGUUCGCUUCAUCAAAGAAAGUUUUCGGAAGGAAGAGGAGCCAGUUAUUUUCGUCCGUGACCGUGAGGUUGGUCGGUCCUGGAAAACACGGUUCGGUGCCUACGAGACUCGCAACUAUCGCGUCAGCUUGGAAAAAGCGAAAUGCGGAGCCCUUUCUCAGUUCUGCGACGUGAUGUUCGAGAUACAAGUCACGACUAUCGCGGAAGAUCUUUACAACAAGCUUGCACACCCGCUCUUGUACAAGGGUUCACCUCUUACUCGCCAGGAUGAAAUCGUGAUAGACAUGGCGCAUGGAAACGCUCUUUGUUAUGCGCUCUGCUUGGCUUACAUGGAGGAUAAACUGAAGAAGCGCGCAAAUAGGAUUGGGGGUAGAGCUGAGUUGGCAAUGGCAACCGAAGAAAUUGCAAGAGAUGGCACUAGGUUCAGGGAGAGUUUGACGAAAGGGGCGUCUUUUGACACCCCCGUCUCCCCACACGGUCUUCUGGAAGCGCUUGAGAUUCCACCGGAGGGAUAUAACUCCGUUGACGAUCUUAAACAGUGGAUUAACGGGAAGAUGACUAGUGGUGUGCUUGACGAGAUACGCUCGAAUUCACAGACGAUCCGCGAUGCCAUCCUUUCCAAGCUCCCCAUUGCGAACGGUGCUACCUUUGACUCCCACACGGACGAGCACGACGCGCGAUGUCACCCUGAUACCCGAGUUGGCCUCCAGCGGGACAUAAUGGCAUGGGCGGACGAUCCGCAGGGCGAAUGCAUCUUCUGGCUAAACGGCAUGGCAGGAACUGGGAAGUCCACCAUAUCACGUACAGUCGCGCAAUCGUUUGCGGACCAAAAUCUUCUCGGUGCCAGCUUCUUCUUUAAGAGAGGCGAGAAAGACCGGAGCAAGGCCGCCCUGCUGUUUACAACCAUUGCGACUCAGCUUAUUGUCAAAGAGCCUAGUUUGGCAUCGUAUAUCAAGGCUGCUAUUGAGGCUGACCCUUACGUCACGAGCAAAAGGUUGGAGGAGCAGUUUAAGAAGCUGAUCCUAAAGCCGUUGGAAAACCUAAGGGGCAGUUUGGACGACAUUAAGACAAUUGUUCUGGUGAUUGAUGCCCUUGAUGAGUGCGAACGGGACGAUGACAUCAGGGUUAUCAUUUCCCUGUUGUCACAAGCAAAGAGUCUGAUUUCCGUACGGCUAAGAGCUUUCCUCACAAGCCGGCCUGAGUUGCCAAUCCGACUUGGCUUCAAUAAGAUCAAGGGAAAAUACCAAGAUCUAGUCUUGCAUGAAAUCCCAAAGUUAAUUAUCGAGCACGACAUCGCUGCAUACCUAGACUCUGAGCUGGCAAAAAUCCGAAACGACUAUAAUAAUAUGUCUCCUGGUGGGCAGCAGCUUCCGCACGAUUGGCCUGGUCCCCAGAUUGUCCAAGACUUGGUCAGGAUGGCCGUUCCCCUCUUUAUCUUUGCAGCUACUGUUUGCCGUUUUAUCCGGGACCCAGCAUGGUGUGAUCCCGGUGAUCAAUUAGCAAAGAUCCUGGAAUAUCAGUCAGGAACACAGCAAUCCGAGAUCGACAAGCUGGACGCAACAUAUCGCCCAGUCCUUGAUCGGUUGCUUGUCAGUUCCGAGGCAUCUAGGAGAUCCCUUCUUGAUGAAUUCCGGAUGGUCGUGGGCCCGAUUGUGCUCUUAGCCGAACCACUCCCGAUAUCCUCUUUAGCCAGACUUCUUGAUAUACAAGAGAAGGUCGUUAUUCGCAGACUUGCACCACUUCACUCCGUCCUUAGCGUACCGGACUCUCCUACAUCCCCGGUUAGGAUGUUUCAUUUGUCAUUCCAUGACUUUCUCGUUGAUCCCAACAAACAGGGCACCAACCCGUUCUGGAUAGACAGGGGUGCAACCCACGAAAAAAUUGCGAUCAGAUGCUUGGAGCUUCUUUCUGGUUGCUUGAAGAAGGACAUCUGCGAUCUGAGAAUGCCUGGAACAGCUCGUGCCGAGAUUGAGUCGUCAGUCAUCGACUCCCAUUUGCCAUCAGAUGUCCGGUAUGCGUGCCUAUACUGGGUCUAUCACGUUCAGCAAAGCAGUUGUCGUAUAAGCGAUAACCAUCAAGUAUAUACCUUCCUCCAACGUCAUUUCCUCCACUGGCUGGAAGCGCUAAGUCUCCUUGGGAAACUAUCUAUAAGUAUUGGAAUGAUUAGGGAUUUACAGGGUCUCCUUGGUCCCGAUUUUAGUUCCACGAUCUCCGCGUUUUUACACGAUGCAGUACGAUUUAUUCUUAGCUUCCGCCAGAUUAUCGACAUUUGCCCCCUUCAGACUUAUACUUCCACAAUUAUUUUUGCGCCAAUGAAAAGCAUAAUCAGGGGAAUAUUCUGUGGUUAUAUUCCUGAAUGGAUCCCAGUAUUGCCAAUGGUUGACUUAGAGUGGAACGCGUGUCUGCAGACCUUUGAAGGACAUAACAAUUGGGUUACAGCGGUAGCGUUCUCGCCGGAUGGUGCCACACUGGCGUCAGCUUCAUACGAUAACACGGUACGGCUUUGGGAUGUGGCUACCGGCGAGCACCGGCGGACCCUUGAGGGACAUGACAGUUGCGUUACAGCGGUAGCGUUCUCGCCGGAUGGUGCCACACUGGCGUCAGGUUCACACGAUAACACGGUACGGCUUUGGGAUGUGGUUACCGGCGAGCACCGGUGGACCCUUGAGGGACAUAACGGUGAUGUUACAGCGGUAGCGUUCUCGCCGGAUGGUGCCACACUGGCGUCAGCUUCAUACGAUAACACGGUACGGCUUUGGGAUGUGGCUACUGGCGAGCACCGGCGGACCCUUGAGGGACAUAACGGUGGUGUUACAGCGGUAGCGUUCUCGCCGGAUGGUGCCACACUGGCGUCAGCUUCACACGAUAACACGGUACGGCUUUGGGAUGUGGCUACCGGCGAGCACCGGCGGACCCUUGAGGGACAUGACAGUUGGGUUACAGCGGUAGCGUUCUCGCCGGAUGGUGCCACACUGGCGUCAGGUUCAUACGAUAACACGGUACGGCUUUGGGAUGUGGCUACCGGCGAGCACCGGCGGACCCUUGAGGGACAUGACAGUUGGGUUACAGCGGUAGCGUUCUCGCCGGAUGGUGCCACACUGGCGUCAGCUUCACACGAUAACACGGUACGGCUUUGGGAUGUGGCUACCGGCGAGCACCGGCGGACCCUUGAGGGGCAUGGCAUUUUUAAUCGUCUAUCGUUUUUGGAUAAUGACUACCUUGAAACAGAUUGCGGAUUGCUGAAGAUAACCCCGAGUUCAGAAAAUAACUUUACCGACCAAGAACCGGGCAGCGAUCUUCUCUUUGUCAGUGAUAAGUGGAUUACAGGAGAUGGGAAGAACCUUAUCUGGCUUCCUCCUAACUAUCGGCCAACAUGUACAGCUGUAUACAAUUGUUCCAUCGCCCUAGGACAUGGUUCUGGCCAGCUUUUGCUCUUUCGAUUUGCUUUUAAUGGGAAGGGUGGACGUCAUAAUGUCUUAUAA